GCCCCAUCCCAGCAGCCGGGCAACAUGUCGCUGAUGCAGUUGCCCUACGAGCUAGUGGCCUUGGUGAUCCGAGGCCUGGAUCUCGACGACAUCCGCAACCUGAGCUGCACAUGUAAGGGGUUUCGGUUCCUGAUCCAGGAGUCGGAAAUGGCAAAGCGGCUUCUCGAGACCAGAGCCCCUCACAGCGCCGAGGCCCGCGAUGCCAGGGCCUCCAAGAAAUACGCUUCCGGGCUGAGACGGCUGCUCAAGCGCCGAGAAGCCCUUGCCUCCGUGUCGCCGUACCUGGUCGCCGUUGUCGGCUUUGCUCAGGAGUGGAUCUACGAGAACGGCGUGCUCUGCUACUGCCGUGGCCGUGAGCUGCGCCUUCUUGACCUCCACCGCUCGGCCGACGCCGAGAUCGUCGUCGACCUCCGGACCCUUGUCCGUAGGGCCCUGCCGGACGCGUCUGCGCCCCAUAAGCACGAGCUCAAGCUGCUGUACUACUCCCACGGCAUCGUCUCGUGUCUCUACUCCCUGAUCCGCGGCGGCCGAGCCGGCCGCAGGGACUUUCUUAUCGCCUUCGACGCUUCCGAGGGCCAGGUGAUCACCGCUGUCGAAUUGCAAUCCACCUCCAAGCUCUUCGUACGGAACAACGACCUCUUCCUCUAUUACGGCACCACUACGGGGCCGGAUCAGGAUGGAGAUGAGUACUGGGCCAUCCGGGGCUUUGACAUCACCGCCAGCGCCUGGAUUGCCGGCCAGCUGAACGUCCCGGAAGCCAUCGGGACCGAUAUCGGCUCGACCGUCUGUUUCGAAAUCAUCGAUGGCUACUUCUACGGCCUGUCAAACCUCCGGAGCCUGGCUGUCGAGGAGGUCGACUGGGUCUCGUACUAUUCCUGCUUCAGAUUCCCUCUCAAGGUGGACGGGUUCGCUUCCCUCCAUGCCCUAGACCGCGCGCCGGAGCUCUGGCGGAGAGACCACACCGAAGGCCCUCUCGACGACAGAUGGACCUUCCUCCGUCUCCUGAAGGACGAGGGGACCGGCCGGCUCAUGAUCAUCGAAUCCCGUAAGGAGUGGUUAGAGGGCAGCAUCACACCGCGCCGCACUUACUAUACUUCGCUGAUCGGGUUUGACGUCAUGGCGGGGCCCAUUCCGGAUACCCACGCGGCUAAGAGACGACACGGAGGCGGCCCGAGAAGAUGGCCGCGAGACCCCCACCUGGUCCACCCCGGCGACGACAACUCAGCCUUCAACAUAACGCUCGCCAGGUGCCCCCUGCGCUCCUACUAUCCGGCUUGCCAGACCUUCAUAGACCUCGUGGACGAUUCUAGCUCGUCUGACCCGCGCGAACAGAAGGUCCGCAUCCGCGGGGGCACCCGCCGCCCCUGGACUCCGGGCGAACUCACGCAGUCCGGCCGCCAGGAGACCGCGGAAAGGGGGGAAGGGCUCGAGGCUCUACUACGACAAAUCGACCGCAUCUACAGGAGCGACACCGGCCUCUUUUGGCCCCCCGAUCAGGAGGAGGACCCAUCCGUCGAGGACCCCGCCCUGGCCGACUUGUAUGCCGUUCUCAACCCGCCAGGUUACGUCGGGAAUCUUCACGGCAGCUGGGACGAGCGCUCCACGGUGUAUGCCACGGGCGGCGGCGGCUCUGGAGGCCUCAGCGCUCUGGUCUUUGUCUCUUGGGACCCCGCAAUCUACUUGGCCGGCGUGCCUGCUUUCCCCGGGAAUCUGGCGAUUCGCAGGCCUGGAAGUUGGGCGCCCAGCUGCGCUACCAAGGAAUCCCCGCCCGCUAAGUACAAAUCCGUGGGCACGGCCAGGCGGCAUUCAACUUUGCUGCCUGAUGCGACCUCUCGUCCAACGGCAAGCCCCUGCUCAGCCACGCCCCUCCGGGAUGGUAUCAGCGGCGGCACCCAAGUCUCUUGGAGGAGAAUCCAGCCAGCAAUGUACCGCGAGAUUUCAAGAGGGUACCAUUUCGCUCUGUGA